GAAUCUUCGAUGGAGCAGAGUCAGAAAACAAAGAGUUACCAGCACCAAUCAGGGCUUUGGGGCUCUGGAAAGAGAUGGGGUGUGGAGGUUCCGAGCAGGAGGAGGAAGAGGAACCAGACCAGCAGGAUGUGGCUGUGAAUGAAAGAUGAGAAACAUUUGGAAACUGGUUCAAAACGAGAAGGAAUUUGUCUGCAGAAAGCUCAGUCAUGGCAUAUCAGUUUUGCUGUCUCUGUCCGGAUAUUUAAGAAGCAGAGCAAGAGAUUCAAUCGAAUAUCCUUCCUGCUCAGACAGUGGGAAUGGAUUCACUUGGUCAUCUGAACUGAACGUACAUCACCGAGUUCACACUGGGCAAGGCCAUUCAUCUAUUCUGUGUGUGAGAAAGGAUUCAGUCGGUCUGCCCACCUGUGGGCACACCAAUCAAUUAACACCCGGCAGAGGCUUGUCAUCUGCUGAAGUUCUGGGAAAGGAUUCACUCCAUCAUCUGACCUCAUGGCACACCAACGAGUUCACACCAGAGAGAGGCAGUUCACCUGCUCGGACUGUGGGAAGGGGUUCACUUGGUCGUCUGAACUACUGAGACAGCAACGAGUUCACACUGGAGAGAAGCCGUUCACCUGCUCUGUCUGUGGGAUGAGAUUCACUGAUUCAUACACACUACAAAGUCACCAGCGAGUUCACCGUGGGGAGAGGCCGUUCACCUGCUCAGACUGUGGGAAGGGAUUCACUCGGUCAUCUGACCUAAUGGCUCACCAGCGAGUACACACCGGAGAGCGGCCGUUCACCUGCUCGGACUGUGGGAAGGGAUUCUCUUUAUCUUCUCGCUUACUGACACAUCAGCGAGUUCACACUGGGGUGAAGCCGUUCACCUGCUCAGUCUGUGAGAAGAGAUUCACUCACUCUUCCACGCUACAGAGACACAAGGUUGUUCACACUGGGGAGAAGCCGUUCACCUGCUCAGAAUGUGGGAAGGGAUUCACUGAGUCAUCACACCUACAGAGACACCAGCGAGUUCACACUGGAGAGAAGCCAUUCACCUGCUCAGUCUGUGAGAAGAAGUUCACUAACUCUUCCACCCUACAGAGUCAUCAGCGAGUUCACACUGGGGAGAAGCCAUUCACAUGCUCAGUCUGUGAGAAGGGAUUCACUCAUUCUUCCACCCUACGGAGACACCAUCGAGUUCACACUAAGGAGAAGCCGUUUACCUGCUCAGUCUGUGGGAUGAGAUUCACUGAUUCAUCCUACCUGCAGAGUCACCAGCGAGUUCACACUGGGGAGAAGCCAUUCACCUGCUCAGACUGUGGGAAGGGAUUCACUGUUUCAGCUAGCCUAAUGGCACACCAGCGAGUUCACACUGGGCAGCGGCCGUUCACCUGCUCAGACUGUGGGAAGGGAUUCACUUUGUCAUCUAAACUACUGAAACACCAGCGAGUUCACACUGGGGAGAAGCCAUUCACCUGCUCAAUCUGUGGGAAGGGAUUCACUCAGUCAUCCCAACUACCGGCACACCAGUAAGCUCACAAUGGGGAGUGGCCGUUGUUAUGAUUCCCUAGGUUUCGUUUACUGUGGACUGUCAUUUUGAGAGAAAGAGAGAGAUAAAGAAGGUGAAUCAGUCUGACUUGCAGCUUGUUUACAUCGCUAGCAGCUUGUUUAAUUUUAACCAAGGACACGGACACUCAGAGUGAGACGGAGACGAAGGAUGAAAAAUGGAAGGUUCAAAACAACGGAAAUAGUGGCCAAAGCUCAUGGUUUAGAAUGUCCCUACGCCCACAAGUGUGGGUUAAUUAUCGUUUCAUCAUACAUCGAAUGUGUGGUUGUCACCUCUUUUGAUCCAUGGGAGUGAAUCGGAUUUGGGGUAUCCUGUGAAGACCACUUAUGUGUUAACCCUUGCCUAGUUGUGGUGUGGUAAUUCACUUGAAGACAAUACCACUUUUGACAUGUCACUUUCGGUGGUAAUUCGUAUGUGGAUUUGGAACAUGACCAAUAAAAUCUACAGUGACUGUUCUCUCAUUUUACCACCAUGGAACCUGUGGAAUUCGACAUAAUUGCCUUCUCUUAACAUUUACCCUGGAUUACAAAUAUCUCCCUCUCAUCACCUAUUCUGUGGUUGAAUUGAACUUUCGUACUUUACCAUCUCAAGACUCCAAGCCUUGUUUCCCCGGAGCUCAAUAGUUCUGGAGUUACAUUUACACACAUAUAUAUACAUAACAAUGUUCACUUUUGUUUAUCUUGCUUAAGUUACUAUAUUAAAAGUAGAUUCUAAUAAAGAUAGUUUUAACAUCAAAAACA